AUCAAAAUUCAAAAAAAGUUUGGCAAUAUUGCCCAAAUAUUUUAUUGGGAGAGAGAGAGAGAGAGAGAGAGAGUCAGAUGCGGGAUAAAAGUUGCAGGAUUUUGAAUUGCCGUCAGGUGUUCGAAAAAAAGUAAAUGCGCAAACUCAUAAAACUUAUUUGACUUUGACAUCGUUUUUGGUCGGGGAUUCCCAUUGUAUUUACAUUUACAUUAAUGUUAACUAAAAGUGAAUUUUAAAAAAUGAGUUCUUCAAGAGAUACUGAGAAUGUGGAAUGUGAUAGCAGUUCUGUUAUCUGUGGUGAUAACGAGCCGAGAGAGCCACCAAAAAAGAGAAAAAUACAAAAGGAUAAAAUGUUUAAAACAUAUUUGUUAGAUGAUCCGUUAUUUAAACCUUGGCUAUUGGCUGAUAUUAAUUCGAAAUACAAAGCAAGAUGUAAAGUUUGUAACGUGAGUAUUAAUUCCGGAAAAAGCGAAUUGCAAAAGUAUGCAGCAACCCGCAAACAUAUAGACAAAAUGAAAACUGUAAAAGAGACUAAAAAUAUAGUUCAAAUGUUUGCAGCAAAUAAGGAUAAUAUUCACAAUUCCAAUGUGAAAAAGGCGGAACUUAAAUUAGCUGCUUUUUUUGCUGCAAAUAAUGUGGCAUUUCGAUUAAUUGACCAAUUAGACCCAAUUUUGAAAGAGAUAUUUCCUGAUAGUAAAAUAUGUCAAGGCAUAAGUUUAAAACAAACUAACUGUACGGAGAUUAUAAGAAAUGUUUUAUGUAAAAAGGAAACAAAUGAUUUAAUUAGUUACCUGAGAAAAAUACAGUUUUCCGUAUUAUUAGACGAAUCAACAGAUAUUGGGGAUUUUAAAAGUUUGGCUGUUCUCGUUCGUUAUUCAAAACUUGGACGAAUAGAGACUAGACUUCUAGAGCUGAUACAAGUAGAUGCAAGAGAUUUAGGAGCAACACAUUUAUAUGGGGUUUUUAAAGUUUGUUUGGAGAGACAUGAAAUACCCUUGAAAAAUAUAGUUGGUGUUGCAUGUGACGGUGCCAGUGUGAUGGUGGGGAAGCAUCAUUCCUUUUUUAAAUUAUUACAGGACGACAUACUCCAUGUAAUUUUAUUAAAAUGUAUAUGUCAUUCUGCAGCAUUAGUGGCGUCUAAUGCUUGUUCAUUUCUUCCUCGAUCUGCGGAGGAAUUACUGCGCAAUGUAUAUAGUUAUGUAUCAGGAAGUGCAAAACGGUCCGCACAAUUACAAGAAAUGCAAGAGUAUUUUGGAGAAAAGAAACAUAAAAUGCUAAAAUUGGCAACAACGAGAUGGCUAAGCAGGUUUGAAUGUGUAUGUCGUGUACUUGAAAACUGGAAUACUCUAGAAAAUUAUUUUACUAUUGCAGUCUAUGAAGACAAAUUAAAAAGUGCCGAAUUAAUUCUUAGGGAAUUAAAAAAUGUCUAUACCAAGGCAUACUUAUUAUUUUUAAAGUAUACUCUAAAAAUCUUCAAUACCUUUAAUACUCUUUUCCAAAACAGAAAACCGCUUAUUCAUGUGUUAUAUACUGAGUGUAUCAUGCUAAUGAAAUAACUAUGUCGAAAUUACAUCCAACCAGCAGUUCUCGCCGAAGCAGAUCUAUCCAAACUGAAUUUAAAAAACCCUAGAAUAUUUUUGUCAUUGGAAGAAAUAUACUUAGGGGCAGAAUGUUCCGAACUUUUAAAAACCACCCCAGUAGAAGGCAAAGAAACAUUUAUUAAAAACUGCUUGAAUUUUUACAUUGAAGGAGCAACAGAUCUACAGGAAAGGCUACCUGAAGCAAUAUUUAAAAAUAUGGCAUUUCUUAAUCCUACUGUUGCUUUUAAUAUAGAUGCUUCAGCAAGAAAUAUUAAUUUUGAAGAACUAAUUAAUAAAUUUUGAAGUGUCAUUAACAUUGAUAAAAGUGACUUGGAAGUUGAAUGGAGGAAUUUAAUCGAUGUUUUUAGUGAAGCAGAGAUGAACAGAUUAAAAUCCUUGGAAAUAGAUAAAAUAUGGUUAGAAAUAUCUUCAAAAAAACGUUUUGAUGAUACUCUCGCUUUUCCAAAUUUAUCACAACUUGCUAACACACUUUUAAUAUUACCCCAUUCAAACGCCGAGGCAGAGCGUAUUUUUUCAAUUGUCACCGACACGAAAACAAAAAAAAAGGAAUAGAUUAGCGGAAAAGUCCUUAAAUUCCAUAUGUGUAUUCAGAAGUGCUUUGCAAGCUACGGAAAAUGAUGUACGGCAGUAUCAGAUAACGGAGGAUCUUCUGAAAUUACAUAACGUAAACAUGUAUUCUUUUAAGAACAAAAAUUCAUAAGUUUUUACUAAUUUGUUAAUUUCCUAUUUUCUGUAGGUAUUCUGUAUUAAUUUAUUUUGUUAGUUGUGUUUAAAUUUAUAUAGGAUGUUUUGUUUGUUUUUAUUUAUGUAUAUGUGUUUAUACUGUUUUAUGUUUUGAGAUUUUAUAAUGCAGAAUAUACAAUAAAAAGUGGCAAUUUUGUAUA